AUGGAGCAAAUGGAAUAUUCUGAUUAUUUAUCCGAUGAAUUUUGGUGUUCAAAAUUAGCAUAUUUAGCUGAUAUUUUUGAACACCUGAAUCAAUUAAAUUUAAGCAUGCAAGGUGAAAAUCAAAAUUUAUUAAUAUCUAUAGACAAAAUGGCUGCAUUUAAAGAGGAAGAACAACUUGCAGAAUUAAAAAACGAUCGCACUCUUCAAAUGAAAUUUAAUGAGCUCGAGCUAUGCCAAUUUUGGGUUUACACAAAAAAAGAAUAUCCAAACUUAACAAAAUUGGCUCAUUCCGUAUUAUUACCAUUUUCGACAUCAUAUUUGUGCGAGGUAGCUUUUUCUGCUUUGAAUGAAAUUAAAAACAAAAAAAGGGAAAGAUUAAUUAAUGUCGAAGAGGAGUUAAGAGUCGCCUUAUCGAAGAUUUCACCACGAAUUGAUACAUUAUGUAAGAAAUAUCAGUCACAAAUUUCUCAUUAA